UCGGUCCUAAGACAGACAUCAUCACUUGUCGAGGGAAUGAUAGCUGAUAUUAGCGAAUUAUUAGCUAUAUGAAAACACGGCAAAAAUUAAACUAUUAAUUUUUACUUUAUCUAUGGUUAAUAUAAAAGAAUAUCAAUAUAUUCCUAACUUCAUUUGAUUCAUGAAAAAUUUCGGGUUAUAUUCCAAACUCUGGAAAUUGUGUAUUUACUAUUUUAACUUUGAGGAUUUUAGCAUGUCUGAAAAAAAUUCUGCACCUGGUGAUGGGUUGAGAUCGGUUCGAACAACAGCAUUAUUCAGAGCAGUCAACUUUGAAUUAUAUACCAAACCAAACGCCUUUAUAAUGGGAUUAGGAUUGAUGGCAAUCGCAGGAUGUGCUGGUUACAUUGCAUACAUGAGAAGCAAAUAUGAAGGGAUGGGAUAUUAUGGAGCACUAAAAGAAGAUGGUACUGAACAUUUCGAAAAGAAGAAAUCCAAAUGGGAUUAAUGUCCAAAGAUUGUAAUAUAUUGAAUUAGGUGUAGAUAUAGUUAAGCUCUUAUUUUACCAGAGUUAAAUUAGGUUCUGUUAUUCGCAAGUUUAUAAUCUAUGAAGAUGUAUGCCACUUAGAUGUACCUGAACAAAAUAAAAUAUUCUUUUGCAAA